UCACUCCUCUUUCUGGUCAGACUUCUUUCUCCUCUUCUCCUUACAGCUCUGAGAAAGAAGCCCAAGAUGAGAAAUCUCUUCGCCUUCGUUGCACUCCUCGUGGCGCUGGCCGCCGUGGUCUUCCCUCCAGCUGCGGCCAACCAGUGUACCAACGUGGUUUACAGCUUCGUCCCCAUGGCCGCACACUACAAACAGGCCACCCUCGGCCAUAACAACACCUUGAAGACGGAGUUCCUCUCUCGCUACCAUCUGAAUCCGAGCGACGAGGUGACGUGGAUGAAGUUGCUCCCGCGGAAGGCUACGCCGCCGGAGGUCACUGAGCUCGACUGGGCCAUGCUGGGCCGAGGCGUGAGGCAGCCCGGGCUGACCUCGGCGGCCGGCGUAGGCAGCAGCAAGUUCUUGAAAGAGAUGUCUCUUCAUGAUGUGCGUAUCGAUCCAAAGUCCGUUCACGGCAGAGCCCAGCAGACGAAUCUGGAGUACCUGCUGCUCCUCAAUGUGGACCGGCUAGUUUGGAGCUUCCGUAAGUUGGCCGGCCUACCGACACCCGGCAGACCUUAUGGAGGAUGGGAGGAACCUACCGGGCAGCUCCGGGGUCACUUUGUUGGGCAUUUCAUGAGUGCAACCGCGUUAAUGUGGGCAGCAACUAAGAACGAGACAAUACGUGAGAGAAUGAACGCAGUAGUUGAGGCACUUGAUGAGUGCCAAAGGAAGAUAGGAACUGGGUAUCUUUCAGCUUUCCCUACGUCGGAGUUUGACAUCUAUGAAGAAGUGCGAUACGUAUGGGCUCCCUACUACACGAUCCAUAAGAUCAUGAAUGGACUGGUGGAUCAGUACGUGAAUGCCAACAACGUUAAAGCACUAAAAAUGGCGGUCUGGAUGGCUAAAUACUUUGGCAACCGUGUGGCAAACAAUAUCAAGAAGCGUUCUAUUGCCUGGCACUGGGCAGCCAUGAACGAGGAAACUGGUGGCAUGAAUGAUGUCCUCUACAGGCUAUACACAAUCACGAGAAAUAAGAAACAUUUGGUGCUGGCACAUCUUUUUGAUAAACCAUGUUUCCUCGGACCACUUGCAGUGCAGGCUGAUCUCCUUUCCGGACUACAUGGUAAUACACACAUUCCAAUAGUGAUUGGGGCUCAGAGGCGAUAUGAAAUAACUGGAGAUAUUCUCUAUAAGGAAAUUGGAAUGACAUUUAUGGAUAUCGUCAACUCCUCCCAUGGAUAUGCGACGGGUGGAACGACAGUUGAUGAGCAUUGGAAAGAACCGAAACGUUUAGCGAGUUACUUGCAGACGAACACUGAAGAAUCUUGCACGACCUAUAACCUGUUAAAGGUCUCACGCAACCUGUUCAGAUGGACAAAGGAAAUGGCAUAUGCAGAUCACUAUGAACGUGCACUAACUAAUGGAGUCUUAAGCAUUCAACGAGGAACGGAGCCAGGAAUCAUGAUAUAUUUUCUCCCUAUGAACCCUGGAGGUUCAAAAGCAGUGAGUGCUCAAGGUGGCUGGGGAACCCCUACUGCAUCAUUCUGGUGUUGCUAUGGAACAGCUAUUGAGUCAUUCUCGAAGCUUGGUGAUUCCAUCUAUUUCGAGGAAGAGGGUGAUACUCCAACGUUAUAUAUCAUUCAGUUUAUCUCCAGCACCGUUAAUUGGCUUUCAGGAGAACUGGUCCUACAGCAGAAAGCACAGCAAGUUUCUUCACUUGAUCGCUACUUCCGAGUUCAGUAUACGGUUUCUACGACAAACAAGGUGGUAUCUAAAAAUUCCACGCUGAACAUUCGGAUACCGGUUUGGACUUAUAAUCAUGAUGCAGUAGCUACGAUAAAUGGACACACAGUAGCAGUACCUCCUCCAGGAAAUGUUCUAUCCGUCAACAAGAGCUGGAGCAGAAAAGACCAGUUGACCUUAUCAUUGCCAAUUGGGUUGAGAACAGAAGCCAUUCAAGAUGAUCGUCCCCAGUUCUCAUCACUCAAGGCAUUGCUGUUUGGACCAUACCUUCUUGUUGGGCUCAGCUGUGGCACAUGGGAUUUGAGAACCCAACAAGCCAACCAUAGGCUCUCAGAUUGGAUAUUGCCUGUUCCACAUGACCAUAGAACAAGGCUUGUAUCUCUUACCCAAGAGACUUCCGAUGCUACUUUGUUCCUUUCGAAUCUAAAUGCCUCCACCUACGACAAGAAGCGCAUGCUCACCAUGGAAGCAUCACCGCAACUUGGAACAAACGCAGCUGCCCAAGCCACAUUUAGACUUGUUUUCGGGAACCAGAAAGCAUCACGAUUCCCUUCCCGGAAGAGCAUCAUCGGCAAAAUCAUCAUGCUUGAACCAUUCGAUCUCCCAGGAAAAGUAGUGCAGCACCAAGGGCCCGGCAAGAGGCUCGUCGUUGCCGUUACGUCGAGGAAUUCUAACACUAGAAAGGCAUCAAAGUUUCUGGUGGUUGAAGGAUUGGAUGGGAAUUCGAACACUAUCUCGCUGGAGUCGGCGAGCAUGCCUGGUUGUUUUGUACAUCACGAUCGCUCUUCGAGCAAUGGUGUUAGGCUUCUUUGCCAAGCUAAGAAAGCCGGUCGCCGCGGUGCUGCGCUCGGGAGAUUGGCAAGCUUUACUCUCAGGCAAGGUCUGAGUAAGUAUCACCCUAUCAGCUUCACGGCAAGGGGAACCAGAAGAAGCUUUCUGUUCCAGCCAUUGCUGGGCCUUAGAGAUGAAACGUACACGACCUACUUCAACAUUAUAAUUUGAACUCCAGCUGGUUGACUUCCCAAGACCUUUUGACUUGUCUUUCUCCUCCUUCUCCUCUCUUCU